CCACGCUCGGCACCAAAACGCAACUUUGUCUGAUUGUAUGUUAGAAAACUUAUCCAAUUAUACCAGAACUAUAAAAUUUGUUGAUGUGAUAGAAAACUUGGUAGACAUAUUUUGCAACGCGUCCCAAAAAAAUUUGUCAGCAUCUGUCAAGUAUGAAAUGAAGGAAGAGAAGGAAAAAGAAAUGCCUGAAGCUGAUGAAAUGUUUGAGAUACCUUUUACGGAAGAAAUAAAAACUGAUGGAACUGAUAUCUGCACGACUUUAAAGAGAACCCUGAAUGCCUCUAGCAUGUCACUAAACAUGACGUUGGCAGAAGCAAUUUCAAAAUUCCAACAAUCUGUAACUUCAAUGGUUGAAGCUUCAACAAUGAAUGGGGGAUUCAAUAUGCCUAACAUCGCCGAAAUGCAGCAUGGUAAUAAGCCAGAUGAUAUUCCAGGCUAUUAUGAUAAUUAUAACAAAAGUUUUGAUUUCGCACGAAGUGCGAUAUCGUCCAGUACUGUGACCACGCUUCUGUAAGAGCUGCGCGGAAAAUGCGGUUCCUGGUCAGUAUACCCAGAAUGUCUGAAACAGAAACAAAUCACACCCGGAUAAUACCGAUAUACUUCAAAACAGCAUCAAAAUGGACGGAAGCUAUAAAAAAUGUCGAUUUUAUGAAGUCCCGACACGUUUUGGGGUAUGUGUGGAUCAACGUGGCCCAGACUUCAACACAACCAGCUUUAUGAUGGAGUGUAUUUGAAGGAAAUGGUAUCGGUAAAAAACAAUAAAACCGACAAACCUCUCAAAGAAAAUAAAACAAGACCAGAAUAUGGAAGGGUAACGACCAUGCCAACAUCUGUAAACGAAAAUGUAACAAUCGCCAUCAAACCAUCUUCGAUUCCACUGAAUAUGAACGAUAAAAUUGAAGAAAAAUUUGUACAAUCGGAUGAGAACGGUACCAUCAAUGUCAAAUCGAAUCUUGGAUCUGAUGUUACUCAAUGGGGUUCAAGAAUUACCGCCGGGGUGUGGAUUGUUAAAGAUGAUCAAAAAGAAAGAAAAAGAAGAUACACUGAAGAGAAAGAAGAAACAAAAGAUUUUUGCGCUGAAAAUGUUCCUGAAAACUGGAGAUGCUUGAAAUACGAAGAUACGUUCAGCUCCGAAGCUUCGUUACGUUUACUCACUGAAGGAAAUUCUAUUGGUAUCGGAGUGUUAGCCGUUGCACCGGCAAAUAACUACAACAAUUCAUUUGAAGAAUUGUCAAAAGUGAAAAAUUUGAUUGCACUGUCUUUACCCUCAAAAAUCGAUGCCAAACAAUUGAUGUUUACUUUGAAAAAAGUUUCGAACUUCUACGAUUUCAAGGCAAGCACAAGGGCUUUGUGGAAUUUGCGAGACUUUGUUGAGAUUAAAGAAAUUGUUGGCUCAAAAGUGUUUGAAUCGUUGAAAGAAUUCGGUAUUUCGAUGUACCUUCCAUUUGGUCGAUUCUUAAAUUCGAUUAUUGAUCGUGUUGUGAAUUUGCCUCGAAUAAAAAUUCUAAUUAGUGAGAAGAUUCUUACAAGUGACCUAAAGAUUGAGUAUAAGGAUAAUAGACUAUCAGCUUGGAAACUUUUUACACCAAGAAUUGGCCAAGUCAAUCUCGCUGGACAAAUCAAAAUAACCGUCCGAAGUGGAUUCCAACCAGGAAUAAAGGAUUUGAUGAUAAAACUUGAUGACAAGAACAUGGUUACAUUAAAAAUAAAGAUUUCAGGCGUUGCAACAAAAAUUGUGUUGACUCUACCAAAGCACUAUCGACUUCCCGCCGUUCCCUUCAACCUACGUGAUUACGAAGGCUUCAAAGUUGGUGACGUCGUUACGUCAAUCAUGUCGGGAGGAGACGAAGACGGAGCAAUCAUUGGUUUAGCAUUGGCCAAGCCAACAACAAGCAAAAUAGGCCAAUGGCAAUUCCAUUGUGAAACAUGUCAAAAAUGGACGAGCCUUAUCGAUGCAUUUGGCGUAGUAAAACCUGCAACUCGAAAUAGAAGACAAAUUAUUGACGAUACAGAAUGCUUUUAUAAAGCUGGAACCACCGCCAAAAUUAUUCUCCUAUCGGCUGAAACCAGGUUGAAAUUUGUACCGGACAAAUUAGGCUAUUUCUGGAAGUCUUCAGAAGCUUGGUUAAAUACUGUUAUUGAUUUGUCAUUGUUCAAAAUAUCUAAACCAGAUGGAUAUGUUAUGGCCAAUGACACUUUUUAUGCGAAAGCCAAAUCAGUGCUGGAAAAUGCUGGAGCCAUAGUUGUUACUGGUACCUACAAGCUUGACCCUGAUUGUGAUAUAGACGCACCUUAUGAUCAAAACCAAGUUCUUGAUUUUACGAAACUAUUGAGUGAAGAAAGAGUGAAGCUUAGCAUAGAAAGAUUGGGCUGUGAUGGCAAACGAUCAUCGAUGAAAGUAUUAACAGAUCGAUGUGGAGUUUGCGGGGGAAACGGAAAGAGUUGCGUUGAUUGCAAUGGUGAUAUAAACGGAACUGCCUAUAUUGAUCAGUGCAGAAAAUGUGUUGGUGGUGGAACACGCAGGAAACCAACGAAACUUGACUGUGCGAAUAGCUGCUUCAAUACAAGUUAUUACGAUGAUUGUAACUUCUGUCAAAAGAGGGGUAAAGAGGCUAAAAAUAUUAAGGAUUGCACAGGGAUUUGCCAUGGAAAAGCAUAUAUAGAUCGAUGUGGCGCUUGUCGAUUUGAAAACCGUAGUUUGGCCGAAGUUUUGGUUGAUAAAACCAAAAUCCUUGACAAGUGUGGUGUUUGUGGCGGAGAUAAUACCAAAUGUAUUGGUUGUGAUGGAAUCUUAAACAGCCCGAAAAAACUGGAUAGAUGUGGAGACUGUAAACUUGAAAACGAUACAACUUUUGAUAAAGGGUGUGGUAAAGUCUAUCUGAUAGACGGGACAAUUCCUCCAGUUUUGGUCGUUCGCAAAAUUGGUGACGUCAUAAAGUUUGCAAUAACGGGUUAUUUCGACACUUACGAAAAGGCUACAUGCUCUUUGCACCAACUAGUGCAAAACGGUAAAGUCGUACAACUAGGUGAAUAUGCGAUCACCAGAGAACAAAGAACCAUCAGUGUUAAAAAGGACGAUGGUAAAACAGUUCACGGUAUUGCUAUCAAGGUGAAUUCAACUUCUCUUUUUCCGGAUGAAGUGAAAUUUACUAAAUGGAAUAUUUCGUGUUCGUCAAGCGAAGACGGAUAUUCCAGCACGGCUAGGUAUAUGGUUCCCUUCAUGGUACGCGAUCUUAACCCUUGGUCACUGAAAUCCCUCGAGCCACUGUAUUUUGAAGUCAGUCAAGGUGGCGGUGACGUCACAAUCACAGGUGAAGACUUUCCGUCUAAAGAUGAACUAAUGUGCGUCGCACCACGUUACGUCUAUGUGUCACAUGGUUCGUCCAAAUCUGCAGUGAAACUGAAGAAGUUGCAAGUUAUCAAAACGCCAACAACAUAUGUGAGUGACACUCAAGUCAAAUGUACUUUUCCUAACGUGACGACACCAACAAAAAUUCGAAUUCACGUGAUUCCUAAAUACGAGGCCGAGAAAUCAUCUGAUUGGGCAAUUGCCCGUAACGUAGAAGACGGUUUGGCUUUUGAAUUCAGAGCUAAAGCGCCUGGAAUCUUGGAAGCGCGACUCGGUGAAAGUUUAUCGGAAAUUGACGUGACCUUUGACACCGACAUUAGCUUCAUCAAAAAAGUAGGAUCUGGUGCAGGAUGUGUUGCUCUUGAGGAAAAUCUUGAUCUAUUGGGAGAAAAGCCUUGGUGUAUGAUUAGAGGAUCAAAAUUAAUAAUACGACCAGGAAAGAAACCUGUUGCUAUUGCUGCCAGCGGAAGAAGCUCAACCGAUAAUUCAAGUAUUGGUGAUAUUGUGAUAAAGGAAGGGACAAUUGCCACAAGAUCUUCAGAUGGGGCAUCACAACCAUUUCCAAGAACUACUGUGCCGAUAUUAAAACCUCUUAAAAUGAAACCGCCUGAUGUUGUCCUCAGAGGACCAGUUGUUCUUGAGCCAUGUGAGGAAGCCAAUUUGAUUGUUAUAGCUUAUCCAAAUGUUGGUUUAUGGCCUUUGACUUUUCACUGGUCGGCUGUUGUUGAGGAAAAUCCUGUCAACAAUACCGCUGAUUCGAUAACAGAUUUUUUAGCAAAGCAAACGCAAGGAACCAGAGGAAAGCGAAUAUCAUUCAAAAAUUUCGAGGGAAAAUUGCAGCCCGGUGCAAACUACACCAUUUCGGUGAAAGUAACAAAUUACUUUGGAUUAGAAAGCAAAACGGCAGAAUCAUCGUUCCAUAUUCGAUCACAUUACUCGAGUGUUAGAGCGAGUAUUUCUGAUCGAUUGUUGGAAGUGCCUUCUGAUCAGGACAUAACACUGAAGUUGAAAAGCAAGUUUCUGAAACCCAUCUGCAUUGGCGCAACCUCAGCCGUUAAAAUGACUGCAUCAAGAGCGGCAGAAAUGACAUUGAGUUACAUUUGGGAAGCAGAAACAACAGAUGGUAUUUCCAUACCAAUGGAUUCCGACGUGAAUAUUGAGGCUACAAAGCGUAGUCUGAAACUUCCAGCAGGAUUUUUAAAACCAGGAAAUUACACGAUUAAAGCAACUGCGAUCUAUUAUGAUUCUGACGUAAAACAAGGAGAGGCAUCAGUGACGGCUACAAUCAUAGUGUCAAGUUCUCCAAUCAUUGCUCAAGUUAAAUCUCUUUUUGGCUCGGUCAUAAUGUCCGACGAAGACUUGACAUUGUACAGCAGAAGCAGAGAUCCGGAUGGAGGUACCUUGACGUAUUCUUGGUCAUGUGAAAUGCUGGAUGGAGGAGGGCCGUGCCUUGUUAUUAAAGAAGGAGCAACAGAUAUAGUUGAAAUUGCAGAAGUAGCAUUCGUUCGUUACUUAUCAUCAGACAAAGAUACUUUGACAAUACCAGCCAAACUUUUCAAAGAAUUUUCUGAUAUGAAGAUAACACUCAUGGUGCGAUCUGGUGAUCGGGAAGAAACUUCUUCCAUCAAAAUAAGAAUCAAAGAUGCGAGUGAUAAUUUACCAACAAUCCGAACUCGGCCAAUUGCUGACGACCAAGCUUUUAUCCCGAGCAAACCUUUGCGAGUGAAGGCUACGAUUACCGGGAAUGAACGUAAGACCUGGAUGAUGAUAGUAACUUGGAGUUGCGUUGAAGAAGAUGGUUACUCUUUCAUUGAAUUGUCUGACGCGGCUGUUACAACUCUUCAAAAAGAAUUGGAGAUAAACGAGAAGCCAAGCCGAAUUGAUUUGGUUUUGAAAAAAGGUGUUCUUGAGCCCGGUUCGAGUUAUAAGUUUUUAGUUGAAGCUGUUCCAGAUUUUACCAUACAUCCUCUCGAAGAAGGGAAAGAUGAAUCAGAUAUGACUGUAUAUUCCGAAAUAAUCGUCAAGGUUAUUGAUGCUCUGCCCACCGGUGGAAAUAUUGUGGUUGAACCUUCUUCCGGGACUGCCCUUAGCACUAAAUUUAACAUACGAGCUGAUGGGUGGGUUGGCGGUAACGAAAAUCAACCCCUGAUGUACAAAUUUGCAUAUACAACCAAAAACGCUGAAGGAAAAAGAAGAAGUUUGACUUCUAUAGGAGAGUUCAGUGAUUCCUCGUCUGUAUCGUCCUACCUACCACCAGGUGACCCAGAUCGUGGUGAUAAACUGGUUCUGUAUUCAUUUGUUCAAAUCGGUGAAAAUAAGAACACUAUUGGUAGCGUCAUAACUCAAGUCAUAGUUUUACCCAUUGCAAGUGAUAACACGACUGGAAGUCCUGUAGUAGAUGAAGAAGUAGUACAGGACAUGGUAAACGAAGCCGUUCAAGCUCUUGUUGCAGGAGACAGAUCUGAAACUUUCUCAAAAGUUCUUCUUAUUGGAAAAUCAGUUAGUGGCGAUAACGUCAGAAAGAAAGAAGUUCUAGACUUGGCAGAAUCAGCAAUAAAGCAAAUGAAUUCGUUUACUCCAUCAUCUGAAACUGAUGCGUUAGACGCUCUGGAAUCGGUAUCGAGCGUGAUUUCAACAUUUAGUGACGAUGAUUUAACUACUUCAUCUGAAUCUAAAGAAAUUGCUUUGAAUGUGAUAAGCAGAAUUCUGAAAGAUCUUUACGAUCAAGCGGAUCCUUCAUCACGAAGACGACGAAGAGCAAUUGAAACGGAAUCCACUGUAAACACGAUUCCUGUUGACAUGGCUGAAAGAAUGUUAUCUCUAUUCGAUAAUAUUUUCCUGUCGCCUGGCAAUGAUGCAACUCUGGUAGCUAACACGAAGAUUAAAUUCAAAGAAGAUACCGAGUUUAUUAUGAAAUCUUUUUGCAAUGCUGUCGCCUACGACGAGCCAAUUCAAAUCGCACAGACUGAUUAUUCAUUGGUCGGUUCCAGGAAGGUACCAAUGCCGUACGGAGAUUCAUAUGUUACGGGCCCACUUUUGUUUUCGUUCAGCGAGGACAUCGAAGCACAAUAUUCUAACUGGCAUUGCGAUUCUUCUACAAAUAAUACUUGUCCGGGAGCUUGCGUUGCGUACGGAAGAUACAUGAAUGACGUCAUACAAUCUGACGCUACGUCUGAUGACGCAAAAGCCACAAGAAUCAGUCCCAUAGCUGCGUUCUUCAUACGAAAUCCCACUGACGGCGAAGAUGCGAGUAAUUUGGCAAACACAACUGGACUUACCAAGACGAUUUCAAUAACUUUUAAAAAUCUCACUAUUUCGACAGACGGCAAUACGAUCGUACAGUGCCGCCAUCUUGAUGUCUCUGUAUGGUCAACUGGUAGAUGUAUGGUCACCUGGGUAUCUGCAACGGAAGUAUUUUGCCAGUGCAAUGUACAUUUCGGAUAUUUCUCGGUAUUUGUUUAUUCGAAUGACACUGUCGAGUCCACCACCACAGAUUCGUCUACUUCAACUCUCAUCACAACUCCAGUAAGCAAUGUGACAGAUCCUACAGACACAGAUACAACAAACUCUGCUGUGACUUGUAAUGCACCAGCUAAAUUGGCGGUGACGUGCUCAAGACAAUGUUUGGAUUACUGUCAUAAAGAAAGCGAUACAUGUAAGGAAAAAUGUGUUCCAAUGAAAUCUUGUAUCUGUCCAGUAGGCGCAGAAAAAUUGGGCGGCCUAUGUGUGUUGAACCCAGAAUGCGAUGACGAAGAACCGGGAAACAAUUCAUUAAGUACCGCUGCCAUCGUUGGACUGACUAUUGCGAUUAUAGCUGUUUCGGUUGCUCUACUGGUUCUAUUGUACUUGUACUACAAGAAAUCUAAACGGGGUCAAGUCACUCCCACAAAUAGUUCAGUUGAAAUUGGCGGAGAUAAUAGGAUGAAUAACCCUCCCAAAUACAACGAAACAAAGUUGGGAGACGAUGACAGAGGAGCAUUGUUGACAAACGAAGACGCAGGCCCCAGUGGAGUCAAAAAUUCUACUUUCAGACCGGAAUCAGUAUCCGACCCACCACCGGAGUAUUCCGAAAAGCCGAAGGAGUUGGAUGCCGGCGGAGUAUCGGAUCCGGAUAGUGAAGCUGAUUGAAGACUUUUAAGUUUGCCUAAACUUUCACUAUACAAAUAUUAUUACAGUUAUAGCGUUCAAGGCGUUUUCUGUCAGAAACAUUACAUAUUCUUAUCUUGUAACGUUAAGACUUUUUCUACUCUCGUCCUUGAGCACGAAAAGCAUUAUUUCCCGUUAUUAAAUCACUUUUUAUGUAUCGAUUUUUUUUUAUUUUAACAAUCUAUGUAUUGGAAAACGGAGCCCGAUACUGCCGCGGGGUAGACGUAAUAUUAAUACCUCGAAAACACCUAAAUGCGACAGAAUUUUCUGCAGAUAAAAAAUUCAAUCCAAGUUCCAUCCGAAAAUAAUCAAUGUUAACUAACAUAUGAAAACAUAUUGAUGAUAACGUGAACAAUUACCACGUACACUGUUUUCUAUCCUAUCCACUGUCGAUUCGUCAUUGUGUGUGAAAAAACGAAGAGUUAGUAAAGAUUUUUUUUACGGUAUUUCCUGCUAAGUUUCACUUUAUAACUUUUUACCAACGGAAUUAAAUAUUGCUAAUAUGUUUUUGUUUUCUAUUCUAGAUAUAGAUCGUUGUCGUCGAUUUUAUUUUUCCCUGUGUAUUGUAUAUAAUAAUUUAUAGUAAUAAAAUAACAACUAGUGGACAACAGUGUUGAUUGUUGGAUAAGAAGACGGCGUUGGAACUGUGAGUCAAUUAACUUUCGCUUCAGAGCGGAGACACAAACGAAGAUUUUUUUCACUUGUCAUAUCCACCUUAACUGAAUCACUAAUUGCGCCAAGCAGUACAGGCACAUCGGUCAAAAAAUAGUGCUUUUAUCUACGUAUCGUUCUUCACAAAAUUUGAUGCCAUCUGCCAGAAACUUAGCUGUUCUAGUCAGUAAACUUAGAGACUACCUUCAGAAAGAAAAAUCACAAAUCUGCUGCCAUCAUACCAGUUUAUUACUCUACUACGAUUCUCCACCAGAUCAAAAACUCAAGUGAUAAAAAACAAAAGGACUAUAUUAUAUCAUACUUUAAUGAUACGAAUCCUUAACUAACAUGUACGGUUUUUAUAUACAUGAAGUACGAUUGGGUAUGGCCGGAAAACAAAACAAAAUGGUGGUGAAUAAGAUCUUCAUCUUAGAUAAAUCGUAGGUAAAACAUGCGUAAAUAUAGCACAACAUCGUGUAUAUAGAAAACUAGAAAUUAUCCAUUGUAUAUCCUACAAAAAGGACAUUAAAAACAAAUAAUUUGAAGCUUUGCACCUUUAUACAAUUGUAAAAAAGAUAACUAGCCUGUU